CAGUCCGGAAGACCACGGUGGCAGUCCCUCUGCGCCGCGGGCAGGCCAGCCUCUCCGGCCCUGGCCUAGGGGGCGCUGAGGAGAGAAGCCGCCGGAGGCUGCAGAGUCGCCGACCGCGCCGCUCGCAGGGAGACCCCGGGCUGCCCACCGCGGCCUAGCGCGCGCCGAAUGGCAGCAGUGUCAGCGGCCAUAGGCCGCUUCUCGCUGGAGCAGUUCGGCCUCUGGAGCCUGGCCCUCGCCGCGGCCCUGCUGCUCCUGGCCCUGUGCCUGCUCCGCGGGCGCACCAGGAGACCCGGUGAGCCUCCACUGAUAAAAGGUUGGCUUCCUUAUUUUGGAGUGGUCCUGGAAUUACGAAAAGACCCCUUAAGGUUCAUGAAAACUCUUCAAAAGCAACAUGGUGACACUUUCACUGUUCUUCUUGGUGGAAAGUACAUAACAUUUAUCCUGGACCCCUUCCAGUAUCAGCUAGUGAUAAAAAAUCAGAAACAAUUAAGCUUUAGAGUAUUUUCUGAUGAAUUAGUAGGUAAAGCAUUUAGCAUCAGUCAGUUGCAAAAAAAUCAUGACAUGAAUGAUGAGCUUCACCUCUGCUAUCAAUUUUUGCAAGGCAAAUCUUUGGACAUACUCUUGGAAAGCAUGAUGCAGAAUCUAAAACAAGUGUUUGAAUCCCAGCUAUUAAAAACCACAGGUUGGGACACGGUACAACUGUAUACAUUCUGCAGCUCAAUAAUAUUUGAUAUCACUUUUACAACUAUAUAUGGAAAACUUCUUGUUUGUGACAACAACAAAUUUAUUGAUGAGCUAAGAGAUGAUUUUUUAAAAUUUGAUGACAAUUUCACAUAUUUAGUAUCUGACAUACCCAUUGAGCUUCUAGGAAAUAUCAAGUCUAUUAGGAAGAAAAUUAUAAAAUGCUUGUCAUCAGAAAACUUAGCCAAGAUGCAAGGAUGGUCAGAAAUUUUACAAAGGAGGCAAGAUGUCCUAGAGAAAUACUAUGUGCACGAGGACCUUGAAAUAGGAGCACAUCAUUUAGGCUUUCUCUGGGCCUCUGUGGCAAACACUAUUCCAGCUAUGUUCUGGGCAAUGUAUUAUCUUCUGCGGCACCCAGAAGCAAUGGCAGCAGUGCGUGACGAAAUUGACCGUUUGCUGCAGUCAACAGGUCAAAAGAAAGGGUCUGGAUUUCCCAUCUACCUCACCAGAGAACAAUUGGACAGCCUGAUCUGCCUAGAAAGCACCAUUUUUGAAGCUUUACGUCUGUCCUCAUAUUCAACCACCAUUCGUUUUGUUGAGGAGGAUUUGACUCUCAGUGCAGAGACUGGGGACUUCUGUGUGCGAAAAGGAGACUUGCUAGCCGUCUUUCCUCCAAUCUUUCAUGGUGACCCUGAAAUCUUUGAAGCUCCAGAGGAGUUCAGAUAUGAUCGUUUUGUAGAAGAUGGUAAGAAGAAAACCACCUUUUUCAAAAGAGGGAAAAAGCUGAAGUGUUACCUAAUGCCAUUUGGAACUGGAACCACCAAAUGUCCAGGCCGAUUUUUUGCGAUUAUGGAAAUAAAGCAAUUGUUGGUUAUACUUUUAACUUACUUUGAUUUAGAAAUAAUUGAUGAUAAGCCCAUAGGAAUAGACUACCGCCGCAUGCUAUUUGGUAUCCAGUAUCCAGAUUCUGAUGUUUUAUUUAGAUACAAAGUGAAAUCUUAGAGAAGCUAAAAGGAAAGAAAGGAAAUCUAUCAAAAUUAGCCUAAACAUCCUAAGCUCAUCUGUUUCUUUUUAAUUUCUGCAAAUGUGAUUGCUGUAUUUGUUUAAAAAGUGCCGAUUUCUAUCUGAUCUGAGAUCAGUCCAGUUUGUACUUAGUCACAAAACCUAUCAUAAUAUAAAACAGGAUGGUGGCAUGAAAAUGGACAUCAAAAUCAACUUCAGGAUAAGCUCAAAACAGGGAUUUUUUGUUUGUUCGGUUUUUAAUUUUUCCUUGUGAUUUUCACCUGUUAUAAUAAAUGUACCGUCACAGCAAUGGA